AUGCAGCCCAAGCACCUUCUCACCGGGCUCGCCCCAGGCCUGGUCUCAGCAGCAGCCCUCCAUCUCCGUCGGGAGGUGAACUGCGACUUUUCCACGACGGCUGAUGCAGGCGCCACAUGCGAGAGCUUCGCAGACACCUGGGGGCUGUCGGUUGACGAUCUCAAGAAGCUUAACCCCGCGAUCGCCUGUCCAGAUCUCGAUACAAGCAAAUCUUACUGCGUGAUCGGCACUGUCACUGAAGAUCCUGAAACCACCUCCACCUCUACCACAAUCACGUCUACGUCUACGUCCACUGUGACUACUACCACCCAGCCUCCAACAAGCACUACCUCCAAGCCAACCUCCACCAAUGAACCCCAAAUGCCUGGCAUUGGAGACAACUGCGAUGCCUUCUACAAGGUCAAGUCCGGUGACCAGUGCGACACCAUCGCCAAGGCAAACAGUAUCACCGAGGAGCAGCUGAAGAGCUGGAACGACGAGAUCAACGAUAAAUGCACAAACCUCUGGCUAGACUACUACGUCUGCGUGCACGUCCCCGGCGCAACAGCCACCUCAACAUCCCCAAAACCAACUGAUACCCCGUCUGGCCCUACGCCCCAGAUGCCUGGUAUCGUGAGCAACUGCAAGGACUUCCAUCUUAUUGAGGACGGUGGGAGCUGCUGGUCCAUUUAUACAGAUGCCGGUAUUACCCUGGACCAGUUCCGGAAGUGGAAUGCGGAGGUUGAUGCCGGGUGCACGAAUCUGUGGCUUGGGUAUUAUGUUUGCGUUGGUAUUUAG